CACGCUUGGAUUCAUCUCCAUCGCAAUCAUGGCUUUCUUCCUACGGCGCCCUUUUGCCGUUCCGACGGCUCUUCGUCAAGCAGCACCUAAAGCUGCGAACAACGCUCGAUUCAUCCACAACUCUCCCUUCAAGCCUCAGUCCAAGCCCGUCGGCUCGGCCUCGUCCUCGAUCUUCGCGAAGUCCAGACAGUCCUUCCAGAAUGCUUUCCGUCGCACAUACAUGCAGCCUUCCUACAACGCCUAUGGCGGUGGCAACGUUACCCAAAAGCUGCUCUACGGAGCCGCUAUUGUUGGUGGAACUGUCCUGGCGACGAACUUCAUCUUCAACCGUGAGACGAGAGAGGAUGGCGGCAUGCCUCCGUACGAACGAAGCUACCUGAACGACACUUUCUUGCACACUGGACUCGGACUUGGUAUCAUUGGUAUCGCUGCUAGAGCUUUGCACAUGAACGGAUGGUCGUACCGUCUGAUGGCCAUGAACCCUUGGGCCGUCGUUGGUCUCGGUCUGGUUGGCAGCAUCGGAACUAUGUAUGGCACUAUGUACACUUCUCCCGACAACUACGUGAUGAAGUAUGGUCUCUGGGCUGGUUUCAACCUCACCCAGGCUGCGCUUCUUUCGCCCCUGAUGUUCAUGCACCCCGCUCUGCUCGCCCGCGCUGGUCUCUACACCGUCGGAAUGAUGGGAUCGAUUGCUUUCGUCGGUGCCACCGCUAAGCAGGAGAAGUACCUGUACCUCGGCGCUCCCCUCCUCGCCGGUGUCACUAUCGUUGCUCUGUCCGGUCUUGCUCCUCUCGUCAUCCCCGCCACCGCCACCCGUACCCUGAUGUGGUCCGAGAAGAUCUGGCUGUACGGUGGUCUCGCUGUCUUCGGUGGUUUCACUCUCUACGACGUCCAGAAGGUCCUGCACCACGCCCGCAUGGCCGAGCGCGGUCUUGUCCGUCGUGACGUCGUCAACGAGAGCAUCAGCCUCGAGUUGGACUUCAUCAACAUCUUCGUCCGUAUGGUCCAGAUCCUGGGCAUGCAGCGCAACAACCGCAGGUAAAUCAUACCUGAUCAAACGAAUUAAAUGUCCCUGAAGGACUUCCCGGGAACCGAACUACAUCGGAAGAAAUGUUGGUUCGAUUCGAUCGCUGGUCUGUGCAAGGCCAGUAAAUAAAGAUAAUAAACCCUGGAGGAAAGUGGAUAUUGCAUGCGUUCGCUUUAUUUUGCCCGCAUUUAUUGGGUCUCCUAUGUACUUAUACUCAUCGUGGCUUUUUUACCCCCCGGCUAUGGUCCAAUGCCAUAUGGUUGAAGCUUUUGCACCAAGCAGUGUCCUGUUUAUUCCCUGCGCAUAAAUCACUAGUCGACUGCCCUCGGCUAGAGGCAUGGCGGAGAAAUCUGCUCGAGGAUUCAGGCAUUUGUUCGAUAGGACUGGUUAAUAGAUCCACUCCACUCUUUAAAUAAAAAUGGC